AGACGUUUGGUAAACCUCCUUGUGGCCAACAUGGUUGAAAUUCAUGGCCUCAAAGAUCCAUAUUCAGACAAUGGAUAUGAACACUUCUAUGACCAACAGAGUGGAUCUGGCUACUUGGCUUGGAGAAUAAAAACUGUUCAGCGCAACUCGGCAGCUCAGUACCGGAGAUCCUCCACCAGCACAGCCUAUCAAGAUAGUCCAAAGAGAAAGAGAGAGGUUUCCUGCACCGAUAAGCAGCUGCUUGGUGAGGAGUGUCGUGAAGCGAUAUCCUUUUUGAAAUAUUCAACUGAUGAAUCGGCAGUCAAAGAGAAGAUGAGGGCCACAUUUCAGUAUCGUCAAACACUGGUUCAAGAUCAACAGUGCUCUUCAACAGUCUUGGAUGUCUUCCCACGAUUCCUUAACAUCACUGGCUUGAUUGACCAGGACUUCACCAUGAUGUUUGGAGAGGAGGUGUCGGGCAGAUUUUUGGCAAAAUGGCCUACUUUUUUCAAACCUAGGAUCCUGACAGAGUGCAGAAAACUGACUUCUAAUGAGCACAUUGAAGAGCUCUUGUAUUCGCAGCACGACACAGGCUGGGACAGUGACCUGUCAAGCAUUCUACUGUUGCUUCACUUGCUUCCACCUACCUCCAAAGGCCACAAGAAGAGUGCCAAAAUCAGCUCAUGUCAAGCUGUGGACCAUGUUGUGAGAUAUCUGCAGAUGGGAGCCAGUGUCGAAACCUUCCUUGCUGGUGUGGAACCGGGACAGCCCUUCCUCCUGUGUGUUGGUGAAAACAAGAGCAGCAUCCAAAGAUACUACAUCAUCAUUGAUCACAAGGCCGUCCCUUGCAAGGCACAGACCUCCUUGGCAGCUUUCGAUGAGCUCUUCAAGGCACACUUCAUCUUCAGCGUCAACUACCAUGAAUCCCUCUAUAACUUCUAUACGUUCAUCCAAACCACAGUUUUUAACAUUGAUGUGGGACAUGCCAAGGAAAGUCCCAGAGUCAGGGAACUAAGAGCAAGAUUUUUGCACGACACUUGAGGUGAUAAAUAUCCUUGGAUGCAAAUAUGUUUCUUUGUUAUGUCUGUAAAGCACACCACAAAAGUUCUGCAUUGCUUUGUCAGCAUUUAAGACUCCACCAUGGUCUAUAUCCUGGAAAGACGUUACGUUUAAAAUGUGGACAGUUGGGAUGUUGUUUAUCGUUUUGCACAUAUUCAGGUUUUAAAAAGCAUCUUGUUCAUUUCCAUAGAGAUGCUGCUUUGACUUAUACUGCUGACAAUGUGGACACUCUGAAUGAAGUUGGUGAGCCCUCAACUUCACAGGCAGUCAGUACAAACUCUCCUGUAACUACUCAGCCCUCUACUGACAACAAUCAUAUGUUAAAUAUGUGUUCCUCUGUUGUUGCACAGUUGCAAGCAUGUGGUGUUGCUGAGAGCACAGUCCAAGCAAUGGUGGGUUCUAUGGAGGAACUUGUUAAUGACAUUCAUAGGGAUGUAAGAGAGGCAGUUCUUGGCUGCACUUCAGAAAUUCAAGG